AUGGAGACUGGGAACAUAGCAUAUGUGCGGUGCCAUGGGUCCGCUGGGCAAGUGCCAGUGACAGGGUGGAUCAUUGCAUUGGAGGGUGAUGAGGCCAUCCUGGCCACGACUCCUUCAGGUGUGAAAGAGGUGCCAAACCAGGCAACUGCGCAAGGGCACGGGCUUAACGUUGCCUUCAUCAGAGUCCCUUCUGCAUCCUUGGCCCUGACAAAGCCUGAAGAAUGGCAAGGUCCCAAGCUGUCGGAGAUCCCGGGUUUUGUGACAGCCCAGGUAGCGUGGAAGAGUGUGGACAGCGAAGGCCUGAGCAGCAGUGGGGCCGAAAAGGCUGGGCUCACGAAGCCGCGCAAUACCAGAGUAGAACAGGAGAUCAAGAACUUGGGGAAGCUCUUUCAGAGGCCUCGAGGGUCAGAGGGCCUAAGCGAUGUCGACAGCGAGGACGAGGAGGACGACAGCGAGGUGGCUGCGGCCGAGUUCCUACGACCAGGUGCUUUCAACAAGAUGGGCAAGAAGAAGAAUGGGAGCAAAGCCAAACAUACCGUCAAAGACGAGGAGAUCAAUGUGAAGCAGCUCGUCCUACAGGGACUGGCUGCAGGCCAGACGACGACGGACAUGAUGCCGCUUUUAAUGGUGGCCCUCCUCCAGCUCCAGGACCAGAAGACAGGGAAGAAGAAGAAGGACAAAGCCCGCGGCUCCAGCAGCAGCGAACUCCUUGGUGGUUCCUCGUCCGAAAGCAGCGAGGGCGAAGAAGGGGGAAAAGGUCAUGGUAUGAAAGCCAUGGCGACUCUGCAUCGGCUUCACGACCAGGUGCGGAAACACCCGAGGCGGGUGUGCGAGAUCUUCGAGAAGGAGGCGCGCGACGAGAUGGGGGUAGUGGCAGGCCAAAGCUGGACCCUUCGAGAUUACAUGAAAAGACAUCCGUGGGGCAAAUUCAAAGGCAUCUACAGAUGCGCGAUCCAGGAUGUAGCUGCCUACGAGCUCAUCCGCGCAGGGAAGCACGACGAGGCCGGAGCUCAGCUGGUCCAGAAUAUGAAAUCGAAACUCCAAUCGGUUUUGCAAGGGGGCAGUUGGGAGACGGCGUGGCUUCUUACAGGGCUGGCGGAUCCGAUGCAGAAGCGCGAGUUCGCCGGAACUCGCGAGGAGAUGGCAGUGGUCUCAGGCUACCUCGACGCCCUCCACAAGUUGAAGAAGCGUGUCAAGGAGGCCCAGGGAAGCAGCCAAGCCGACGACGAGGACGAGGCGGCCGCCGCGUCCCGGAAGUAG